AUGACGCACAACAACAGUUGUGCACUGUGUUUUGCAGUCGAAUCGAAGUGGUUUAUGGAAGUGUUUAGUGACGCCAACAUCGAGCUCGAUAUGGCUUCGAUCAUAUCAAAACAUUUAUGGUUUGAUUUUAAACCAUCAGAAAACCCUCACGUAUGUCAGGAAUGCUGGACAAGUGUGCAUGAUUUUCAUCUGUUUUACACCAAGCUGGCUGGUAUUCAUUGCGAAGAUAUCGAGGAAAAUGACACGAUAGAGCAGCAAGGUGAUCUUCUCGAUGAAGAUCCAGAACAAGAUUUAAAUAACAAAAAAAUGCCUAUAACAAGAAAAAUACCGACCAGAGUUACUAACCUGCCACUCAAUAAUCAAACCGACGCUGGGUCGUCAAGCAAAGAAGAAAAGAAACAUUUUGUCGAGGUAAUAGAUUAUGAGAGCAAUGAUGAAGAUUUCGAUGACUACUACCACACGGAGGACAAUAUGCUCGACGAUGAUACUCUUAACAUUGACGACAAGGAUAAACCACUGUCGGAAGAGUCAGCACAAAUCGAUGUAAAGGAUAUUACAGUACCUGAAGAACAGCCAGCAAAACGACGUAGAGGCCGUCCAUCGAAAGUGAAGCAGGACGCCAGUCCAAAGGAAACACCCAAAGAGACACAUGCACUCCUUUCCCCAGAAACGCCUAAACGACCCAGAGGACGACCUCCAAAGCAUAAAACGAGUGUACAAGGUACGGAAAAGAAUGAUAAUCAUCUCAAAGAUACGAAGUCACCGCUCCAGGCAACAUCCAGUACCGCAAAUUUACCUAUUAAACGUGGUAGAGGUAGACCACCCAAAAGGAAACUAGAAGCCGCAAACGCAGCAUGUACUGCUGCCCUUAAUACAGAUAUAAAGCUUAAAAUUGUUGAAGAUGAUCAACUGGACUUGGAAGUAAAUGGUACUAAAAGAAAAACGAUACGCGCACGGAAACCAAAAUAUGAAAGUGAAAGCGACCAGGACAGUUAUUCAGAUUACGAAAAAUCACAACAUAGAAAGACACCCGGCAAACGUAUGCGAAACGAUCGAGAUGAGCGAAUAUUUAAGUAUGUGAAAGAAUUUUGCUGUCACUACUGUGUGGACCACGUGUCCUUUAAGCGUUUUAUUGAUGCGGACCGACAUUACAAGCUGGUGCACAAUGAGCCGGGCUUUUUAAAGUGCACGCUGUGUGAAAAGAAAUGCUUUACGCCUGGCAUGUUUGUAAGCCACAUGGAAACGCACGAGGAUCCGGAAAAGAAUAAAUGCAACGUUUGUGGAAAAAUUACGGACUGUAACAUCUCGCUCAAGAAGCAUAUGCGUGUACAUCUCGGUCAACUGGAACAGGAUCUGCCGUUCCCUUGCAGUCGUUGUAAGCGAAAGUUUGAGUCGGAGGAGUUGCGUAACAAGCACGAAAAAUUGCACGUACCGAAACCACUCGUUAAGCGUGAGAAGGGACCGGAUCUGGAGCUGCUUGCCUUCUACAAACGCAUCUAUUGUGAUGUGUGCGAAGAGAAUGCACCUGAAACGACCUCUUUCGAGAACUUCUGGGAUCUGCGGGUACAUAUGGAGCAGGAACACAACAAGGGAGCCUACCUAAAGUGUCCAAUUUGUAACAAGAGAAAUCUGUACCGGCAGCACCUGAUCACGCACAUUGAUUUGCACAACAAUCCGGAGAAGUAUCGAUGUGAAGUUUGUAAGGAGAUCUACCAGAACCUUGACUCGCACAUGGUUAAAGCGCAUACACCAACCACGGCGAUACCAGCGGAUAAGAAGUACAAGUGUGACCAGUGUGGAAGAAUGUUUAACUUCUUGGCCAAUUUGAAAAUGCAUAUCGAUUGCAUUCACGGUUCGAAAGAUGUGCGGUGCAACGUUUGCGACAAAUAUUUCAAUCUGAAAGCUUUCCGAGCGCACAAACGAACAGCCCACACGGACCAGAUGCUCAUGUGCGAACACUGCCCAAAGAUGUUCAAAACACGUGGUGCAUUGGAAGUGCACAAAGCCAUUCACGACGAUAGUUUGGUACAGUUUACUACCUGUAAGCUGUGCGACAAGCAAAUACGGCUAACGAACGUGAAGAAGCACAUGAUGUCGCAACACUCCCAGGAUGGUCCAGUUAGCUGUGAACUGUGUGGUAAAACAUUCCGCACGAUGUUCCACAUGAAGCGCCACCAGAAGAACACGUGUGAGGCAACGAUCGAUUCGCGUAAGCACAAGUGCGAGGUGUGCGGCAAAGGGUUCUGCUUGAAGCUGACGAUGAUCGAGCACAUGACGACGCACACGCGUUCAAACAAGUACCAAUGUGCGUUUUGCUUUAAAUCGUUUGGCUACAUCUCCAAUCUGUACAAACAUCGUAAGAAGGCACAUCCGCUCGAAUGGCAAGAAAUACAGGCACGGCCGGAGGAGAACAUUGCGUCGGUUAUUGUUGUGAGGAACUAG